AAAAAUCGCAUGAGUUGUUAACGCUUUUAAAUAAAUUUUGGCUCCAUUUGUGUGAAGUUACUCUAGCUUAAUAUGAAGUCCGCGCUGAGCUUUCUGGUCUUAUUCGGCAUUGCUGAGGCCAUUGCUGAGUUUAAUUUCAGUUGUAUCUCAUUUUAAAAAAGCUGGUCACCAGGUUAGAACAAUGGAGCCGAUUAAUACAACCGAUUUGCAUACAGGUGGUAUGCCCGUGCGCAUCGUCACAUCUGGAUACCCUGAAGUCAAAGGAGAUACAAUCCUGGCAAAAAGAAGAUACGCCAAGUCUGAUCUAGACCAUCUCCGUACGUUUUUGAUGCAUGAACCGAGGGGUCAUUACGAUCAAUACGGUGCUCUACUUGUUAAACCUGAUCACCCUGAGGCCGACAUAGGAGUUCUUUUUAUGCAUAACGACGGCUACAGCACAAUGUGCGGGCAUGCCACGAUUGCAGUUGGAAGGUACGUUGUUGACAACAAGCUGAAUAAGCAAGAUGUGGGUGUAAAGAAUGGAAAGAUUGCCACUAACAUUCAAUGUCCAUGUGGGUUGGUGAGAGCUAGCGUGGACGUGAAAGACGGCGUGUCAGGAGCGGUAACGUUUAUCAGUGUUCCGGCAUUUGCCUGUAAACUUGAUUUCACUGUGAAAACUCCUUCAUAUGGAGAUAUCAAGUGUGAUAUUGGAUACGGUGGGGCGUUUUACGCAUUUGUAGAUGUGCACCAGGUUAAUCUGGAUGUAUCCAAUUCGCCUUGUACAGAAUUGGUAAAGUUUGCGGAUGAAAUAUGUGAAGCUGUGAAGAAACAAUAUGCUGUCAAGCAUCCCGAUGACGAUGAUUUAUCAUUUUUGUACGGAGCUAUACUUACUGAUGGCAAAGAUUCGUAUAGCGAGGAGCCUACGAACAAUCUUUGUGUGUUUGGAGAUAAAGAAGUUGACCGCUCGCCAUGUGGUUCGGGCUCAACGGCGCGAUUGGCCAUUAUGUAUGCAAAGAAAUGUAUCCAGUUGCAGCAAGAAAGAGUAACGAGAAAUCCAAAAACUGGGAGUCAAUUUUAUUGCAAGGUUGUUGAGGAAACGAAAUGUGGCGAGUUCGAGGCUAUCCGUGUACAAGUAAAAGGCGAAGCAUUUUAUACUGGCACGUCAAAGUUUUAUGCAGAACCGCGAGAUGAGUUGAAGCACGGGUUUUUGAUUCGAUAAUUAUUUUUCAUGAUAUCUCUAGUUAAGUGACAAUGCACUAAACUAGAAAUUUGAUCCUUUUGAACAGACAAUUUGUUUUUCUUUAUAAAAGUUGUAACAAGUUUUAGGUUAUACAUCAGUCUACAGGGAAAACGAGGGUCCGGUAUCUAUACUGUCAACACUCGCUAAAGAAUAAACAAAACAGUGGAUUCAGUAAUAAAAUGGAUGGGAAGAAAGGUCUAUUCAGGGACUAGAAAAACUGAAAAGCCUGGCUAAAGUAUUAAACUUAAUUGGUAAUUUCAAGUUUUUGUCAUUUUCCAGUAUAGUGUUUAAAAAAAGCAUAAAGUAUACUUUUUUCUUUGUAUUUGUCGUGUGUUAUCUUUUAUUUAAUUUGUAGAAUGAGUUUUAAAUAUAUAUAACUGCACAUUUA